GUCAACUAUAACUCUCUAAAGGAAAAAUGGCCACUCUCUGAGAUGACCGCAAGGAUCGUCCAGGAGGAAGAGAGGAUCAUGAGGCAGAAGAAAGACCAUGUCUUUCAUGUUGGCUCUAACAAGAGAAAGCAUGACGGACAAGGUUUCCCUAAGCCUCAGAAAAGGCAAGUCAAGAAAGAAGGCACUAAGCCAUUCAACCCUAAGGCAUUCAAGGGUAAAGAAGCCGGUGGUUCUUCUUCUGCUCCUAGCAGCUCCACUGCUGGAGAAAAUGCUUGUAACUUCUGCAAAGAGGAGGGACACUAUCAAAGGGACUGCCCAGGCUUUCUAAAAUGGAUGAACAAAAGAGGGAUUCGAUACGAUCCAAACCAUAAGAGGAGGAACAAGAAAGCUUAAGGUUGCGAACGGAGUUGAGGCCGAUGUUGAAGCUGUGGGAUCUCUCACGUUGGAGCUACACACUGGCCACA